UGUCCGUCUGAUCCUGCGCUGCGGCGGGAGGGCGUCCCGUGACUCGCCUUUAGGGUCCCCGAGAGGUCUGCUAACGCGGCCUGACCCCUUCUACGCCCUCCCCACAGGACACGCACCGACCCCGGAAGAGAGAGAAGAAAGGGUGGGAAGGCAUGUGGUGGGGUCCCGGGGGACAGGCGUGGGAGGCGUCUGGACCUGCUGCCUGCGCUCCAGUCGCGGGCGGGGCUUCCACUCUUCCCUGGGGGUGUGGGACAAGAGAGGAGGAACCUGUAGGGACACAGGGGGCCAGAAGGCAGUGCUUUAGAGACCUGGGUGAGGGAGACUCAAAGACGGGCUUCGAUGGGGUGGAUGUGGGGGCCCGGGCACGACCCAGAGCUAGGAAGCUGAGCCCGAGACCGUCCUCCGGCCAGGUACUUUCCCUAGACACCCCUGAGGAGGGACAGCCGGGCAGCUGGGUGCGCCAGCCAAACUAAGGUCAGGCCAGACGACCAGAGGACAACGCCUCCGCCCCACAGGACACCCUAGGGCGACCCCGGGGGCGUCCCAGGCCGAGGCAACGCCUCUGGUUGGGGAAGAUGGGGACGCCGGCUCUGCAGGGACUCCUCCUCCUCCUCCCGCUGCUGCUGCGGCCGCGCGGGGCCUCCUCCGGGAGCCUGCACAGCCCAGGCCUGUCCGAGUGCUUCCAGGUGAACGGCGCUGAUUACCGCGGCCGCCAGAACUUCACGGGCCCGCGCGGGGCCGGGCGCCCGUGUCUUUUCUGGGACCAGACGCAGCAGCACAGCUACAGCAGCGCCAGCGACCCCCAGGGCCGCUGGGGGCUGGGUGCGCACAACUUCUGCAGAAACCCAGACGGCGAUGUGCAGCCGUGGUGCUACGUGGCAGAGACGGAAGAGGGCAUCUACUGGCGCUACUGUGACAUUCCCACGUGCCACAUGCCAGGGUACCUGGGCUGCUUCGUGGACUCGGGGGCGCCCCCCGCUCUCAGCGGCCCCAGUGGCACCUCCACGAAGCUCACAGUCCAGGUGUGCCUGCGAUUCUGCCGCAUGAAGGGCUACCAGCUGGCUGGCGUGGAGGCUGGUUAUGCCUGCUUCUGUGGCUCUGAAAGUGACCUGGCCCGGGGACGUCCAGCCCCUGCCACCGACUGUGACCAGAUCUGCUUUGGCCACCCAGGCCAGCUGUGUGGAGGCGAUGGGCGACUGGGCAUCUAUGAAGUGUCCGUGGGCUCCUGCCAGGGAAACUGGACGGCGCCUCAGGGUGUCAUCUACUCCCCGGAUUUCCCGGAUGAGUACGGGCCGGACCGGAACUGCAGCUGGGUACUGGGCCAGUUGGGCGCUGUGCUAGAGCUCACCUUCCGCCUCUUCGAGCUGGCGGAUUCUCGGGACCGGCUGGAGCUCCGCGAUGCCUCAUCCGGCCGCCUGCUCCGCGCCUUCGACGGCGCCCACCCGCCACCGCCAGGGCCACUGCGCCUGCGCACAGGCGCGCUGCUGCUCACCUUCCGCAGCGACGCACGAGGCCACGCUCAAGGCUUCGCGCUCACCUACCGAGGCCUGCAGGACGUGGUGCGGGACGGCGCGUCCCCCGAGGACCCGGCCGAGCCGCCCGCGGGGGACCCCGAGGGGGCCAACGUGAGCUGCAGCCCCAAGCCCGGAGCUGCCCAGGCUUCGAUAGGGGCCCGAGUCCUCUCCACCGUGACGGCCGUCUCCGUGCUAUCGCUGUUGCUUCUGUCGAUACUGCGUUUGCUGCGUCGACGGAGCUGUCUGCUGGCUCCGGGAAAAGGGUCUCUGGCCUUGGGACCUUCCCGGGGCCCCGGGAGAAGCUGGGCUGUGUGGUACCGCCGGCCCCGAGGGGUGGCCCUGCCCUGUCCCCCAGGGGACUCUCAGGCUGAGGGUCCUGCCGCAGGCUACCGGCCCCUGAGUGCCUCCAGCCAGAGCUCCUUGCGUUCACUCGUCUCUGCUCUCUGACCCCGGACGUGCGGGGGGGUCCCUCACUACUUCCGCCAGCGAGAUGGACACCUGAGAUAUUCUGCAGCACCCUACCUCGACCCCGUGCCCCUUCAAAGGCAGACAGGUGUCUGCUCAUCUCGGGGAGACCAGAAGAUCGGACAGAGAGCAUCGGUGCUGCUUGGGAACUUGGCCUGACCCUGGGGGUCCAAAUGGCCGAAGCCAAAGGGCAAAGGGUAUCCAACACCCUAACCCAUGAACCUUAGUGUGAGGGGUGGUGUCUGGUUUUAGGGUUCUUUGCGCCUCUUUUGGGGUGGUCCUGGACUGCUGCCCUUGAAGAAAGGUUGGGGGCCAACAAAGUGACCCAAAGACUCACCAUAGACUUAAAAUAAAGGGCCUAUUUUGGUAGA